AUGCCAAGUCAAGCAGAAACCGAAGAAGAUCGUGAACAACAAAAAAGCAAAAAACCAGCUGAUACAGCUUUUAAACAACAACGUUUACCAGCAUGGCAACCAAUAAUAACUGCUAACACAGCAUUACCGGUGUUUCUAAUUAUUGGUUUAACAUUUAUUCCUAUUGGUAUUGUACUUGUUGUUACAUCCGAGCGAGUACUUGAAUAUGAUAUUGAUUAUACUGAUACAAAAUGUGUGAGUACAACCGCAUCAGGCACAUGUGCAGAAUUUUUAGAAAGAUACAGUAAUACUGGUCAAUCAUGUAACUGUGAAAUCAAUUUUUAUUUAGACAAAUCAUUUGAAGGCGAUGUGUAUUUUUAUUAUGGUUUAAUAAAUUAUUAUCAAAAUCAUCGUCGUUAUGUUCGUUCUCGAGAUGAUAAUCAAUUAUUAGGUAAAGAUGGUGCAGUUGCAAGUGAUUGUCAACCAUAUCAAAAAGUAAAUAAUGGAACUGAUUAUGAUUAUGCACCAUGUGGUGCUAUUGCGAAUUCAAAAUUUAAUGAUACAUUGUAUUUAUCAUAUAAAGGAACAGAAAAUGUUACACUAACAAAUCUUGGUAUUGCAUGGUCAACAGAUAAAGCAGUCAAAUUUAAAAAUCCAAAAAAUGCUUCAAAUUAUUUUCGUUCACAUCCACAACCACCAAAUUGGCAAGUGACAGCAUGGCAGCUAGAUCCAUUAAAUGAGAACAAUACUGGUUAUGAAAAUGAAGAUUUUAUUGUUUGGAUGCGAACUGCUGCAAUGCCAACAUUUAGAAAAUUAUAUAGAAAAUUAGAAAGAAAUGCUGGAGGAUCAUUUGCAAAUGGUUUACCACAAGGAAACUAUACUCUUUACGUUACUUAUAAUUAUCCAGUAAUAAGUUUUGCCGGUCGAAAACAAUUUAUAAUAAGUACAACAUCAUGGAUGGGAGGAAAAAAUCCAUUUCUUGGUUGGGCUUAUAUUGCUGUUGGAAUUGUUUGUAUGAUUACAUUCGUCGUCUUUUUUAUUCUUCAUAAAACAUGGAAAACACAAAAUCGUCCUCCAAUGUAA